AUGUAUAGGCAACAGAGGGCGGAAAAUUUGCGGGGCGGCCGCGGCUACACUACAGAGGUGGCUGGGCGAGAUCGCGUGAAGUUCUUUCGUCGUCCUGCCGAGCCUGACAACACCGUUCUGGAGAACGCCAACUAUAACACAAACACUUCUACCCGCGCGGACGCGAUGCAGGCGCAGUUUGCCGCGAGCUGCCCAUCCUUUUCGAUGUCGUCCCAUGUGGCUGCCUUUUCGUCAUCUGUGCCCCACAGUGGGAAGACUGAGCGUACUCUCCGGGGACGCUCCUCCGCCCACGACUGGCGUUCACCCCAAGCCAACUCCACAGGCGAGAUCGGCGGCAACGGCCUUGGCCGUAGAGGCGGUGCUGGCCCGCGAAGGGCAAAGCCGUAUCACCUUCCCGCUAUCGAAAGAGCCGACGCUGCCGACGGCAUCAACAGCGGAGGUGAAACCCAGCAAAGCGGGCGCGCUGCGGCGUCGGUGCAGACCAUGUAUCGCGACAACGAAGCACAGACCGAUCCGUACUCACCCGACUACUUCAUCCCGGAGGGAGCCCCCACCCCAGAGAUCCUGGGGCUUCAGAGCCUCACCUACCAGAAUCGCGGACUUCCUGCUGGGAUGGAAGGUGUGCAACUCAUCCAGCGACUGCGCCGCCGCCGUGACGUCGAGGCUUCGCUGCCAACCGGAACGGAUGCGGCUUCCAUCGAGGCGAAGUACAUUAUUCUGCACGAGCUGGAGGAAAAGGAGUGGGCGGAACGCGAGGACCAUGUGGCGCAGCUACAGCAGCGGCGGCUAGAUCGACUGAGGCAAUCGUUGCUGGCGCGCGAGGCGGCUCGUGAGGAUGCCAACCGGGAGCGGCUGGAGCAGAUCAAGUCGCAGUACCUCGAAUCCCUCGGUGGAAAAUUAAUGUCGCUGGAAAUGCGCCGUACGGCGUCAAGCAAGCGCGGCAUCGACAAGAUGGCGCAACUGAAGGCGUUGGGGGGCGGCUGCGCACCAAGCCAGGCCUUCGAGGCCGGAGCGACCCUUGGCAUUCCUCAGGUGACGGCAUCUAUUAAGAGUGCUGCGGCGGUCAUGAAGAGCGGCCGAGCCAAACCGUCUAUUGCGGCCUAUGCGCGCUACGGCAUGGCUGGCGCGCCUCCGCAGCUCGAGCAGGACGGCAUCACUGGCGGCUCUAGAGUUGACGCUCGCCUCCGCGCAGCCAGACAAGCGUUCAACUACGAUGUACGACCGCAGCUGCUGGCGGACUCGGAGAGGGCAGAGGCCGUUGAUGCUGAGCGUGGCGUCCGGAUGGACCGGGUUGCACCGAAGACGUUUGUCGUGCCGGAGAACGAGGCGGUAAAGCGUCUACCAACACUGUAUCAACGCCGCGAGGCGGAGCGAGUCCUGCACUCGUUGGAGUACGCCUACAGCAAGCUGCACCCGUCCGAGGAUGCGGAGGGCGGCAAGGCGCCUCAGCUGAGUGCGCAGCGAGUGCUGGAGUUGUACAGAGCCACACCGAAGCUGCAGCGGCCAGAGACACCAGUGUUGAAGUUGGAAGGUGAUGAUGAGGAGGAAAAGGACGAGGCCUGCAUCCUCCUUCAGCGCUUGCUGCGUGGCCGUGCCGUGCAGAAUGACUUCUUCGACGGCCGCGAGCGCUGUCGUGGGCUCAUCAAAGAACUGCAGGCAGCUUCUACAGCGCAGACGGAGAAGCGGCUGACGGCGCAGAAGGAGAAAGAGGAGGCGCUAGAAGCGGAGCGGGAGGCUGAGGCGCAGCACAUUGUUAGUAGCGCGCUCGGCUCCAUUGUACACGACACACUCGGGUUCCUCUCUCAGGAGCUGGGCCGCCAGCAGGACAUGGCGGCCCUGCGGCAGUUGCAGGAGGAGGCCGAGGUGGUGCGUGCCAUUCGCGAGGCGGCCGAGCGUGCCCGUCGUGCGGAGGUGCGCCAGAAGCGUGACCGAAAUGAGGUCGCCUACGCGGCGUACAUGCGUGCCACUGACACGACGCUGCAAUGCUUCCUUGACGACGUUACGCUCUCGGCGGUGGAGGAGACGGCAAUGGCUGUGGCGGUGGAGGCGGAGCGGGCUCGCCAAGCGGCCUGCCCCUCACCGCGGCAUCCUUCGACCGAGGAAGAGGCGGAGAACAUCGUGUGCGACAUGCUGGAUGGAUUUGUUAUUCCAGCGAUUGUGGAUGCUAUUGAGCUGCAGGACCGCGAGGUGGAGAAGAAGGCGGUAGCAGGAGCGGCGCUUGAUGCUGCGCAUAAAUUGAGUAAGGAGAGCGCCAGCCCACACCGAUGA